CGGCGCUCUAUGGUGUUCAGGGCGGCGCUCUAGGCGGCGGCGGCCGCGGUUUAUGGCCCCGCGCCGCCGGACCAGCCGGACGGGGGGGACGUUGCCCUGCUGAGCCGAGCGGGGCGGCCAUGGAGCCCGAGGCGCUGGAGGCGCGGAUCAACCGGGCCACCAACCCGCUGAACAAGAGCCUGGACUGGGACGGCAUCGACGCCUUCUGCCAGCAGCUCAACAAGGAGCCAGAGGGCCCCCCACUUGCUACCCGGCUUCUAGCUCACAAGAUCCAAUCCCCGCAGGAGUGGGAAGCCAUCCAGGCCCUAACGGUGCUGGAGACCUGCAUGAAGAACUGUGGCAAGCGCUUCCAUGAUGAGGUGGGCAAGUUCCGCUUCCUCAAUGAGCUCAUCAAGGUGGUGUCCCCCAAGUACCUUGGCAGCCGAACUUCAGAAAAGGUAAAGUCAAAGAUCCUGGAGCUGAUGUAUAGCUGGACGCUGGGGUUGCCUCUCGAGGUGAAGAUUACAGAGGCCUACCAGAUGCUGAAAAAACAAGGCAUUGUGAAAUGUGACCCAAAGCUGCCAGAUGAUGCUCCCUUCCCACCACCUCCUCCCCGGCCCAAAAACAUCAUCUUUGAUGAUGAGGAGAAGUCCAAGAUGCUGGCUCGCCUGCUGAAAAGCUCCCACCCUGAGGACCUCCGAGCUGCCAACAAGCUCAUCAAGGAGAUGGUCCAGGAGGACCAGAAGCGAAUGGAGAAGAUCUCUAAGAGGGUGAAUGCUAUUGAGGAAGUGAACAACAACGUGAAAUUGCUGACUGAGAUGGUGACCAGCUACACCAAGGGGGAGACAACAGAAAGCAAUGAGGACCUCAUGAAGGAGCUGUAUCAGCGUUGCGAGCGAAUGAGGCCCAUGCUCUUCCGGCUUGCCAGCGACACAGAGGACAAUGACGAGGCACUGGCGGAAAUCCUGCAAGCCAAUGACAACUUGACGCAGGUGAUUAACCUGUACAAGCAGCUUGUUAAAGGAGAGGAGAUCAAUGGAGAGACUGUGGCUGGCCCCCUCCAAGGGAGCACCUCUGCACUCCUGGACCUGUCUGGGCUGGACAUGGUGGUGACGGGCCCCUCCUACCCAGCCUUACCCACCCUCUCAGGUGGCACUGGAGUCCCUGUGCCUGACCAAGCCAGCUCCAUCUCCCUGCUGGAUGAUGAGCUCAUGUCUUUAGGGCUGAAUGACCCACCACCCCCCUCUGCACAGGGCAUGGGCAGCAGUGGCUGGAACAGUUUUCAGUCAUCAGACAGCAGUGAGCUUGGCAUCCCCUCCAACACGGCUGCUUCAGCAACCCGAGCAGAUGUGGGAGAUCCUGCACGAAAGUCUUCUUCUGCCACCAGUGGUCUGGAUGACCUGGACCUGCUGGGGAAAACUCUGUUACAACAGUCACUGCCUCCAGAGUCUCAGCAAGUCCGGUGGGAGAAGCAGCCACCCCCACGACUCACCUUGCGGGAUCUCCAGAACAAGAGCAGCUCUGGUGCCUCAGUAAAGAUCACGGGCACUCCAGCCCUGCUCGGCAACAUCUCCCUGAGCCCUGCCACCACCCAGCCCUCUCCCUUGGAGCAGCCUCCCUCCACCUCGCUCCCAACAACCGCUGUCAUGCCAACUGGAGCUGUCCCUGCUGCUGCCCUGGUGGGGCCCCCUGCUGCUAUGUCACCCCAGGAGAUCUCGCUGGCUAAUAUCACGGUGCCUCUGGAGUCGAUCAAGCCAAGCAGCAUCCUCCCUGUCACGGUCUAUGACCAGCAUGGCUUCCGUGUCCUCUUCCACUUCGCCCGUGACUCCCUGCCUGAGCGGCCCGACGUGCUGGUGGUGGUGAUCUCCAUGCUCAGCACAGCCCCGCUCCCUAUCUGCAACAUUGUCUUUCAGUCAGCUGUCCCCAAGGUGAUGAAAGUCAAGCUGCAGCCUCCCUCAGGGACAGAGCUCCCAGCAUUUAACCCCAUCGUCCACCCAACUGCCAUCACCCAAGUCCUGCUGCUUGCGAACCCACAGAAGGAGAAAGUGAGGCUACGAUACAAGUUGACCUUCACCAUGGGGGAGCAGACUUACAACGAGAUGGGGGAUGUGGACCAGUUCCCCCCUCCAGAGUCCUGGGGGAACCUCUAGGUCCUACAGCCUGUGGGCUGCUUCUGAAUCCUGGUGGCUCUUUGGUGCCCUGCUCCAGUUCCCCUCAGGAUGGCAGGGGCCUCAUCUGGGGCUGGUAUUCAGCUGAUGCUGCUGCUCUCCUGCUCUGGCACUGGAUUGUGAAGGGCUGGGGCCGGAGAGCACGUGAAGGAUGGUGGGAGGGCUUGGAGCCAAAGGGAGGCAAGGCAAAGCUGCUCUGGCUCUACAGCCUGUUCCUGUCCUAACCCCACUUCCCUUUCUGCAAGAGUGGAGCUGGGAUCAGCACAGGGUAGCGCAGCAAGCCCCAGCCUGACCACAGAGCCAAGGACCUACUCUUUUCCUGGUGUGGGUGCAUGGGGUGUUUUGCAUUGCUCCCUCCCCUGAGCUGCUUCCUGCUCCCUGGUUGACAGCAAACUAACUCACCUGGUCCACAGCUUAGGGAGCUCCCUCCUGCAGCUGUGCCCUAAUCUUCUAUUCUGGUUCCUGUCAUGAUUCUAUGCCUGUGACACGCUGAGAAGCGGGCACAGACCAAGACUGAACAGGGCCUGGGUGAAGCUGAGGAUACUGACCUGCUUUGCUGGAAAGUAGACAUCCAUUCCUGGGGCAGCGGAGGUCUGCUGGGUUUCUUUGCUCUGACUUCAUGGCCAGAGCUGUUUGGGGGUGUGUAGUGAAGAGCCAGAGGACCAGUGUGGUGGUUUAGUGCUUCAGCUUAGUGACCUGUAGGCUGGGACCUGGAUCCUGGCACUGAAUUGAGGAAGGGGCUGUCCUGCUGCCACAAGAAGUGAGGAUCCAUAGCAAGCCCUGUGUCUAUGGGCCAAGAUGCCUUCUGUGAGAAGGCCUGGCUGGGGCCUGCCAGGCACAGAGGUAGGUAAGGGACAUGUGGCCUUCUGUAACCCUUGGAGGAGGAUUUUGCUGCUCCAGCCUUCCCUCCCCACCCCUUGCAGGAACCUGAUAUGCAAAGGAGUUCACGCACUUAGCCCACUAACUGAACUUCUGUUUGGGGUUUUCUUGGUUCUUUCACUUCAUUGUCCCCACCCAGGUGAACCAAAAGGCCAGUAGAUGAGACCGUCUGUCACUGAGGUCACCACCAGGAGGAGCACCUGGGCAAUGAGAAGGGGGAUCCUGCUUCCCUGCAAUCCCUAUUUUUAUUGUACUGGGGUUAGCGGGUGGGCAUUUCUCUAUGCUGGUCUCUACAGAACUGGCCUGGGGUUGCUUACUGAUAAGGGGCCCUAGCUCCUCCAGGGCUUCCUUGGGGGAGACGGCACUGUUCCUGGUAGAGAUUCCAGCUGUAUGAGAGCAGGCUUUUCUCCCAGCUUUGGGGACUCCAGCAGCUCAAUCACUGUGACACAACUGGUAUCUGCUGGAACAUAAUGCUGGUACAAUAAGGGUAGCAACAGCCCAACUGCAAAGCUGUACCCUUCACUAUCACUACGUUGCUGACCAGCUUGCAGGCUAUAGUGAUGCCUCUACCCCUGCCCAGGAACCUCCUGGGCUCUGAACUCUAGGAUGGCUGCAUCUGAGCACAGUGGUUUGAAUCAUGAGAAAACCCUCUCCCUAGAAAGGGCUUGGAGAAAGAGAGCAUGGAUGGAGGCCUUGCCUGGAUGCUACAGAGACCAGCUGGUGCCAUUGUACUGUGCCCUGGGGGAAGCCUCUGAACCCCAUGAUUGGAGGGAAGGUCCCUGAACUGGGCCUCUGCUGUGUCUUAUUUUUCUUUUUUGGUCUCUUUCAGGGUUUUGUAUGGAUUUUCUUUGCAGAUCUUGCUUGGUUCUAGAACUGACUUGUAUAUAUUUUCAGUGCAAAUUCUAUAAAUGGAAAAGGAUUUAAAGAAAACCGCCCGGCGCGAAAUCUGUAUUUAUGGGAAAUAAAGAGUUCUUUCCUCAUG